AUGAAAAUAGCACUAGCAGCGUGUACUGCAAAUUUCCACGCGCAGUUCAAAAAUGAUUUUCGUACAGACUUUUCUUCGCCGUUAUCAAAGUCAUGGUCGGAGAGGGAAUAUUACCGAAGAUUUUAUAACUUGACAUCUGACCCAUAUACGAUAAUGCUUUUUGGUGAAAGCGUCGAUGGAGGUUCCAUGCUACGACCUGAUAAAUUUAUUGCUAUGGAACGGGAAGCAGAGCGAGGAUUACGUAUGCAUUUGGUCGGUGAUGGUUUUAAGAAUAGGACACUUGGUUCUUAUCUAUACAUUUCUUCAAAACCGUUUUACGAAGCCAUUUCGGUAGCGAUCAAAAUUCAAUCAGAUAAAAAUGCUGUGCUUGGUUAUCCAACGAUGAAUCUUUACGGUAUUAACUUCACAAUCAGGAACGUCUUUCGGCGUUAUAGCAAUUUAUUGCUAUGGAACGGGAAGCAGAGUUAUAGCAAUGGUUUUGUUGGCAUGCUGCGCUCAAAUGAAUCAGGUGUUCGUUUUCGAUUAUUUGGUGAUGAAAUUGUAAAUAAUGAAAUAUUUGUGGGUUCAGUUGGCUCCUUACCUUAUUUCCUUACUGGUUUUCUUGCAAUGGUCAUCUUUAUUUUUUUAUCAAUUCUUCAUUAUAAUCAGACAUUUUUGCAAACGGUUUUUUUGACGCUGUGGACUACAUUGUGUCCAUGUCUGGCUGGAUUAACAUCAGUUGCUAUAUUUUCAAUACUAGGCCGUACACUGAAUCCGUCCAUACUUAUCACACCUUUCUUGAUAUUAGCUGUUGGUGUAGACGAUGCAUUUCUAGUGCUACACAAAUGGUUCACAUCUGUUGAAAUAGAUUCCUUAUCUCGUUUAAUUUCAGUACUAGUAGAAAUCGGUCCAUCGAUCACCCUUACUUCAGUUACAAACAUCUGUGCCUUUAUGGUGAGUGUUGAAGUUAUCCAGCUACUUGCUGACAAUAAAAGAAUGCGCCGUCAGUUGAAAAAUAGUAGACAAAUGGCAAACGUAAUUUCAGUAAACAUACUAUAG